UCAUCAUCAUCAUCAUCUUCACCAGAAUGCUGGAUUUUAGCCAAGAAAAAGAAUAAAUAAGAAUAAAAAAAAAGUGAAAUUCGUUCAUCAAUUCCAUCUUUUUAUAUUCAUUUUUUGUUUGUGUGUGUUUGUGCGGUGAAUUCGAAUCUUUUGCUAUUUUUGUGUGUGUGUGUGUCCCAUUCGUCUAUAACAUAACAUCUUUUUUUUUUAUUGACAUAUAAAAUGUUUUAUUCAUAUAAAGAUAGAUUUCACAACUGAACGAAAGAAAAUCAUCAUUUUUUUUGUUGUUGUCUUUGCCCAUUAAAACCACAUUAUUCGGGCAAAAAAGUGGAUUCAAUUCAUCACCAUUCAAUUAUUGCUUUUAGUGCUUAGCUAAUUUCAAAUUCAAAUUCAUCUGUAUUUGCAACUCAUUUGCCAUAGUCAUCGUUAUCGGUUGUCGAUUCUUUGAUUUUCAUUGUUUUCUUCAAGAAGAUAAUUUUCUAUAUACGAAUCCAUUCAACAACAACAACAAAAAAAUGUACGACCAAAAUAUUCAAUUGACAAUCCGUAAUAUGGAAAAUAUCCGCAUUAAAAAAUUUGUAAAUAUCAUCACAUUAUCGAUGCAUGUUGUUGUUAUUUUAAUCAUAAAUUCUAUACUUUUAUCAUCAAUAGAUGCGGUAAAAAUUUCGAAUUUAAUACCACAUUAUUGUGAUCAAAAUAUCGAUACCAAACCAAUAAACAAUGUGAAUGAACAUUAUCAACAUCAUACUAUAGAAUUGAAUUUAACCGAACCAAAAUGGACAUCAUUUUUAAAUCUUGGUGCAUCAAUUUUACAAGGUGUCGAUGUACCAGACAAUUAUCAAUGUCAAUUAAUUGUAUCUAGUCCAGCCAAUACUGGCCUGAUAUUAACAUUUCGUAAAGCAUUAUUAAAUGAACAAGAUGUUAUUACAUUUCGUUCCGGUAGUAAUCCACGACAACAAGUUUGGAAUAAUGAAACACGUGAAGGAUCCCGAUAUAAAGAAGUAUUAACAUUAGUUGAUCGUAGUAAUCCUAGUGCUAUUAUUAUUAAAUAUGAACCAGCUGCAGGUGUUUCACCAUUUGACGCUGGUUUCGAUUUGGCUAUUACACUUUAUCAAGAAAAAGAUAUUCAUUGUGGUGACAAUUAUGAUUGUAAUAAUGGACGUUGUAUUGAACCAUCAUUACAAUGUGAUGGCUAUAAUAAUUGUGGUAAUGAUCUUGAUGAAUAUAAUUGUCCUGGACAGCUUAGCUGGUGGAUGGUCGGCAUGCUUAUACCGAUUGCCAUUAUUGUUGUUGUAUUGGCCAUAUUUGUAUGGAUACGAAUGUCUAAAGGUUGAAAAAAUUCAUACAUGAUCUGUAAAACAAUUUAUC